AUGGAGAGUUACAAUGCUAGUGAUGCUACAACAAAGCUUGAUAGGAAGACUACUGAGAGGAACCGAAGAAUUCGGAUGAAAAGUUCCAUUCUUGAGCUUAUAUCUCUUGUUCCUCAGCAGUUUAAUCCUUCCAAGGAACGACUUUCCCCAAAAGACCAGCUUCAUCGGGUUACUGCUUAUAUCACACAAUUAAGAGAAAGAGUAGAGAAAUUGAAGAAGAUGAAAGAGAUGCUAAUCAACAAAUUUAACACUUCUGGGAUCCCGGGCUCAGGAAUUCCAGUUGUGAAAAUCACAGAAAUUGGUUCAAAUUUAGAAGUGGUUUUAGUAACUGGUUUAAGCAAGAAGUUUGGGCUGCAUGAAGUCAUCUUAGUUCUUCAUGGACAAGGAGUGGAAGUAGUCAGCAUUAGCAUUUCUACUAUGGCCGAUAGAAUUUAUCACAUAUUGCAUGCUCAGGUGAAAAUGCCUAGAAUUGGGGUGGAUACUUUGAUAAUUUACGAUAGGUUGCAGAAGUUGUGUUUGGAUUGA